AUGAUUUCAGCUGGUGACAACCCUGUUUUCCCCUGUGGGGUGACCCUCAUGUGGAAUCAGGCUAAUGACACUGGGGAGAGGCCUUUCAACUGCUCAGACUGUGGAAAGGGAUUCACACAGUUAGCUAACCUACAAGCACACCAGUCAGUUCACACUGGGGAGAGGCCGUUCUCUUGCUUAGACUGUGGGAAGGGAUUCAAUUCAUCAUCUAAACUGAAAGUACAUCAGCUAGUUCACACUGGGGAGAGGCCAUUCACCUGCUCAGACUGUGGGAAGGGAUUCACACAGUUAGCUAACCUACAAGCACACCAGUCAGUUCACACUGGAGAGUGGCCGUUCAACUGCUUAGAAUGUGGGAAGGGGUUCAUUCGGUCAUCUCAACUGAAGGUACAUCAGCGAGUUCACACUGGGGAGAGGCCGUUCACCUGCUCAGACUGUGGGAAGGGAUUCACACAGUUAUCUGGCCUGCAAGCACACCAGUCAGUUCACACUGGCGAGAGGCCGUUCAACUGCUCAGACUGUGGUAAGGGAUUCACACAGUUAUCUAGCCUGCAAGCACACCAUUCAGUUCACACUGGCGAGAGGCCAUUCACCUGCUCAGUCUGUGGGAAGGGAUUCACUCUAUCAUCUUGCCUACUGACACACCAGUCAGUUCACACUGGAGAGUGGCCAUUCACCUGCUCAGACUGUGGGAAGGGAUUCACUCGGUCAUCUCAACUGAAGGUACAUCAGCGAGUUCACACUGGGGAGAGGCCAUUCACCUGCUUGGACUGUGGGAAGGGAUUCACUUCGUCAUCUCAACUGAAAGUCCAUCAGCGAGUUCACACUGGGGAGAGGCCGUUCACUUGCUCAGACUGUGGGAAGGGAUUCACUCAGUUAGCUACUCUACAAGCACACCAUUUAGUUCACACUGGGGAGAGGCCAUUCAACUGCUCAGACUGUGGGAAGGGAUUCACUCGGUCAUCUCAAUUGAAGGUACAUCAGCGAGUACACACUGGGGAGAGGCCAUUCACCUGCUCAGACUGUGGGAAGGGAUUCACACAGUUAGCUGGCCUACAAGCACACCAGUCAGUUCACACUGGGGAGAGGCCGUUCACCUGCAUAUUCUGUGGGAAGGGAUUCACUCAAUCAUCUCAAUUGAAGGUACAUGAGCGAAUUCACACAGGUGAGAGGCCAUUCACCUGCUCAGACUGUGGGAAGGGAUUCACUCGGUCAUCUCGCCUACUGACACACCAGUCAGUUCACACUGGAGAGAGACCGUUAACCUCCUGUUAAUGUGGGAAUGUAUUCACUCAGUCGUCUAACCUUAUGUAACUCUCACUCCGGCUAGCAGCUUAAUAUAGGGGGUGAUAGCCCCCUAGCUCAGCCAAAUGUGUGUGGAUGCUGUGCCGCGUCCCCUGUUACAAAUCAAUACCCCAAAAUAACGAACAGUACAUAAGAUGUGAUUCAUAAUUCUUACUUUGACUAAAGGGUUAGUAAAGUAAAAAAAAAGGGCCCACUCUCCCCAUUUGUAGCUUCUCAUCUCUCCACAGCAAAAGCCCAUGAAAUUCUCUCAUUCAGACUCACAAGAAAGAACAUUUCUGUCAUUGGAUAGCCCAGCACUCCAAAACCCUGUUAUCUCUAGUUGUAUCCUAAACAUUGCUGCUGCAGAGAAACCACUACCUCAGCAGUGAAACAUUACAGAGAGGUCAUUACAUUAGCAGUGAAACCUUACAGUGUGUUACACUUACAACACACUACCGGAUUCACACAGGGGAGAAAGUUUCAAUAAGCUUCAUGCUGGAUAUUUGUCCAUCACCAUUGCUGAAUGCUAUUUUGAGAGUGAUUGUAAGUGUUGAACUCUGCAAUUAUUGCUGCUGCUCACCACACCCAGUUCUGCACCCUGGUCACUGGGCAUGGGAGGAGUUUCUUCUGCUGCAUAUUCACUUUUAAUGGGACUAGAUCUGUGACAAAUGAAUCAGUUCUAUCUUAAGCACUGUCUCUGUUACUUAGUGAAUUUAUAACACACCUAGUGUACAGUAGAGAGUCAACUCAGGCCGGCUGAACCCUGCCAGUGAUUCUGUUCCACAACAGAUCUUUCAAAUCCUCCCCUGUUGUUCACCUCUCACUCUCCCUGGGAUGAGGUCCAAAUAGUCAUCACUCUGUGGGUGAAUAUGUUUCCCUUGAAUUUCUUGCAGACUGAAGAAGUCGAGCUGACUGCGCAUCUGUCUGAGAUGUUCUUUGCCCCUCUAAUCUCUGGGCUGAGGAAGAAUGACAUUGGGAGUUAACCUCCUUAAUCACGACUCAUGUCCACAUUAUGGGUCACUUUCCCCACUUCUAAAAUGUUGUUAGCGAACACCACUGUCCUCUAAAGACUGAAAGCAGAGUGGGAAGUCAUCAAUUGGAUUUUCAAUGAAGCUGGGUCAGAAACCAGAGGGAGGUCUGCACAGAGCAGAAUUUGGGGCCCUGGACGAUGUUCGGGGUAAGAACGUAUGAUGAGGAGAGGGGAUUCAGCAACAGGGCAUGUCAACGAAUGACAUUUGGAAGCAGAUUGACAGAGAAAGUAAUUAGGUUAUCUGACUGACGACACAAACACUACCUGUGGUGAGGUGUUCCACUGGUUGAGGAACAUGUGUGUUAGGAAUGGUUUUAUCUAUUGGGGGAGUUAUUCCUGCUUGUUUAUCCUGUAAUAUUAUAACCAGAUGGAUUGACCUAUCUGAAAUAAUGUAUUGAUGAUCAUAUAAUUUGCAAGAUUUUGGCUCUAAAACUGGAUCAGGCUUGAAUUUAUGGUGUUUUCAUGAGGUGAUGGAGGGCAUUCAUGAGUUUGUAUUUUAAAGCAAGAUUUUGGUGAAAGAUAUUUGCCACUUGAUUGUACCUGCGUAAGUAAUCAGAUUGAGUUAAGCUGCUGCAGGAUCCUAGAAUGUGUUGGACUGUGUCUGGUUUCUCUUGGACUUUUCUGCACUUACUGCUUUGUUUGUUUGUAUUUCAUGAAGUUUCGAUUUGUUUUACUUUUGUUACCCACCUCGUCCUGUAUUUCCGCAAGGAACUCCUCUGUUUCUGGGAAGAAGUCUCCAACUCUCAGUCAGGUGCUCGAUGCUUCCUUGUCACCAUCUCGUCUGCUCAGAUCAUUGGGAUGUCUCCCAUGGAGGGUCAUACACAUUUCACUGGUUAAUGUUUUCAUCCAGAGUGAUGAUUUAUUUUUCUGAGCCAGCUUGUCAUUUAAGUUUUAUGGUCUGUAUUUCUUAUCAUAAUUGCAUAUACACACAUGGAGUCAGUUCAGUUCCUCAGCCAUAUCCUUAUCUCCAUUUACAAUUUCUCCAACAUCAUUUUCGUUCGGUCCUAUAUCUACCUCACCUGUUUUUUUACUCCUUAUAUACUUGAAAAAGAUUUUAGUAUCCUUUUUGAUAUUAUUUGCUAUCUUUCUUUCAUAGUUCUUCUUUUCUCUAUUAAUGACCAUACUUUUCUUUCGUAAGUUUUUAAAAAAAACUUCCCAAUCCUCUGUCUUCACACUAAGUUUUGCUUCCUUGUAUGCCCUCUGCUUUGCUUUUACUUUGGCUUUGACUUCUCUUGUCAGCCACGGUUACAUACUUUAUCCAUUCGAAAACUUAGUUUUCUUUGGAAUAUAUCUGUCUUGCACUUUCCUCACUUCUCGCAUAAACUCCAGCCACUGCUGCUCUGCCGUCCUCCCUGCUAGUGUCCCUUUCCAGUCAACCUUGGCCAGUUCCUCUCUCAUGCUACUGUAAUUUCCUUUACUCCACUGAAAUACUGACACAUCUGAUUUUGGCUUCUCUUUCUCAAAUUUCACAGUGUACUCAAUCAUGUUGUCAUCACUAAGGGUUCCUUCACUUCCAUCUCUCUAAUUACCUCUGUUUCAUCACACAAUACCCAAUCCAGUACAGCCGAUCCCCUAGUGGGCUCAACAACAAGCUGUUCUAAAAAGCCAUCUCAUAGACAUUCUAGAAAUUCUCUCUCUUGAGAUCCAGUGCAGAACUGAUUUUCCCAAUCCACUCUUCCAGUAGCGAUCUGAUUUUCCCAAUGAUUUUCCUUGCUUUUGACCCCCUGUCAAAAG